GGGUCGCUCCGAUUUCACCUAUCAACGCCCAAAGUAAAGUGUCAAGCCAAAAAUUCGGGAGCCAUAUCCAGAUCCGACACAUUAUCUGGGCAGUCCUUUCAGGCCCAAAAUCUGGUUAUCCCAAGAUUCUUCUCAUCAUCUGUGAGAUUUUCUCACUCUCCCCUCAUAAUGGCUCAGGCUCGACUGCAAGCCUUGUCGGAGGAGUUCCAGAAACUCCAAGCUGAGCUUCAGACGUCAGUAUCUGCCCGCCAGAAGCUCGAGGCUCAAAAGCAGGAGAAUCUCGGCGUGCAGCAGGAGUUCGACGGGCUCAAGGAAGGCGAGCGUAUAUAUAAGCUCGUCGGCCCCAUCCUAUUACAGCAAGACAAGUUUGAGGCAGAAGGCACAGUGAAGGGCCGCCUGGACUUCAUCGACAAGGAGAUUGAUAGGCACGAAGCCUCCAUCAAGGACAUUCAGAGCAAGCUGGAUAAGAAGAAGGGUGAAAUCAUCCAAAUACAGGCGAGCGCCCAAGGCCAACAGCAACAAGCAAACGCGGCGGCGUGAGGUCGGUGAUGACCCGACGUUACAGAAAAGCAUGAGUAGUUGGUUGAAUUACAGCUCGCGUUAGGACAAAUUCUAUACCCGAUGUCCCCCAAGCGCCAUGGCCGUGGCCCCCCUUUCGUACUACCACAUGUCUCAUUAACACCGUAAAGUCCUCUGUCUCAAUUCAACGCGAGGAUCGUGAAACCCCAAGGAAGUCCCAUGUUCCUCGAGGGCAGUUCGGAUGCCCACUCAAUCGCAGCCUGAUCAUCCUCUCCGAGACCAAGACUCGCCGUGUCGGAGCCAUCUUCAACCGCCUGGCAGAUCACGUCUGCGAGCUGGCUUUUUGCGUAGCAGCGGGAAAAGACCUUGCUCUCUUCAAUCUUCGCAAUGAUUCUUCUGCACUGAUCACUCUCGGCGAAAUGCUGUACUUGUUGAUCGAAGACCUCCUGUGUGAUCCCACCACCGCAUGCAGACAGGUGCUCAAAGACGGCAACGACACCAGCGACAGCCCUGGCGAGCAGGCGUGCCUUGGCCGGACCGUUGAGAGAGUCGUCCAGGACAUCGAGGUUUUCGGAGUGGCGGUCCAAGAAAGCUUGAGCCUCACGGUCAAAAGUGGUGUUCAAUAUGCUCUUGAGACCAGCCUGACUAGAAAGGACACCAUGGGCGUCUGGGAGGUUGUAUGUCUGGUUGAUGUGGGAGUAUGACCGGAGAAGUGUCUUCCACAGGGAAGGCGAUGUGAUGGCGGCUUGGCCCAUGCUCACGGUGAAGUAAGGCAUGACGCUCUCCACGCUGUCUACUUAAUGUUUAGCUUCGCCAGGC